AUGAAUCAAACAAAGACUUCACAACCAUUGGCCCCAAGAAGACUUUUCACAAUGUCAUCACAAAAAUGCUUCAUGGCAAAAGGUAAUAUUGUAAGCGAUAUAAGUGACAACCCUUCAUCUUCAAGUGAUGAUGGAGAAGAUAUUUAUGAGGGAGAUGUGAUUGAGCCAUCAAAGAGGGUGGCUGCGUUUGGCAUCUUGACUGGAAUCGUCUCCGGUUCAAAUGCUCUGGGGGAUAUGUUUUCAAGGUUUCUGCCCGAGAAGUGGAUUUUUCAGGUGUCGGUUAUUUUGUUGACAUUUUCUGUCCUCUACAUGAAAAUAUAUCUCAUUGAGACAGUUCAAAGAGCUCCUUCUUCACCUUGUCACCACAUGUACAUGCCGUUGUCAUCUUUGAUUGUAAGUUUACCGAAACAACGUUGGGAAUCUAUCAAGGAGAACAUUAGCAUAUUUAAAAACAGUGAAACACUUAGGCGAAUCUCAGUCAUUUCUUUCUUCUAUGAAUUGGGAAUGAUUGGCAUCAGUGAUGUCCUUCUGUACUACCUGAAGUCAGUAUUUGGCUUUGACAAGGAUCAGUUCUCAGAAAUUCUAAUGGUGGUAGAUAUUGGUUCGAUCUUUUCCCAGAUUUUGGUCCUCCCUCUUCUUAGCCGCACAAUUGAUGGAAAAGGAGUAUUAUGCAUUUCAAUACUCACAUCAAUUGCCUAUGCUUUUCUUUAUGGUGUUGCAUGGGCUUGGUGGGUGCCUUAUAUUUGCUCUACGCUGGGUGUCAUCUGUGUUCUGGCCAAACCAGCUACCUAUGCAAUAAUUUCUGGGGAAGUACUUUCAACUGACCAGGGAAAGGCACAAGGGUUCGUCGGAACCAUGCAGUCCAUGGCUACAUUGCUGGCACCUCUAUACAUGAGCCCACUGACUUCUUACUGCAUUUCACCCGAAGCCCCCUUCAACUGCAGAGGAUUCAGUUUCCUUAUGGCUGGUUUCUUCUUGGCAAUCUCCUUAUGCUUCGCUUGGACGCUUACUCCAGAAAGAGAGGACAAAUGCUCCGAAAUUGCUGUUUCAGGCCAGCCUGAUGAGGAGGCAGAGCAAGCACCUCUUCUGGCUAAUCGUACUGCUAACACCAUCUGCUGCUAA